AUGGCAUUCAAAUUUGUAGCUGUAUUCGCCCUUUUGGCCGUAGCCAAUGCCGGUUUCAUUGCCCAACCUCAGGUGUAUCAUGCUGCUCCCGCCCAUGCUACUGUUGUCAAGACUGUAGCUCCCGUCUUGACCAAGGCUGCUGAGGAAUACGAUCCUCAUCCCCAAUACAAAUACGGUUAUGAUGUUCAAGACGCCAUUUCCGGUGACUCCAAGACCCAAGUUGAGGAACGUGAUGGUGAUGUAGUGCGUGGUGAAUACUCUUUGAAUGAUUCUGAUGGUUUCAGACGUACUGUCUCAUAUACUGCCGACCCCAUCAAUGGCUUCAAUGCUGUUGUCCGUCGUGAACCCUUGGUUGCCAAGACUGUUGUGAAGACUGUCGCCCCAGUAGCUCCAGCUUACUACGCCCACCAUCAUUAA